AUCAAUAGAAAACAAUCUAUCCAUUUCCUCUAAGACGCAAGCAAAAGCAAUGAUGGAGGCGACCAAGAGGGAAAGGCGGAGAGAAGAAGAUGACAACGACGGCAAUGAAGAAACCAAGCAAGAAGCCUCAUCGGAAUCGCUCGUCCUUCCUCCAGAGCUAAUCAGGGAAAUUCUUAUUCGAUUGCCGGCCAAAUCGAUCGGGCGAUUCAAGUGCAUCUCAAAGCUGUUUCACUCUCUAUCAUCGGAUCCAGGUUUCGCAAAGAGCCACCUCGAUCUGACCUUGCGAAACGAUUCCGUUCACCGGAAGCUAAUCGUGUCCUCACAUAACCUUUACGCGUUGGACUUGAAUUCCAUCGGUGACGGAUGCCAAGGAAUCAGAGAUUUGGUUGCUUUGGAGCUCAGUUAUCCGCUUAAAGACGACCCGAGUGUUUUCGAUGAGAUGAUUAGGGUUUACGUGAGAGAUCAUCUUUACGGUGGUGGAUCUGAGGUUGACCAAGAUGAUCGUCGCGUGAUGCUUAAGCUUAACGCGAAAUCGUUUCGAAGAAACUGGGUUGAGAUCGUCGGAUCUUCCAACGGUUUAGUGUGUAUUUCUCCAGGAGAAGGCGCACUCUUCUUGUAUAACCCAACCACCGGAGAAUCCAAGAGAUUGCCUGAAACUUUGCCUCCCAAAUCCAAAGAAUAUGGAGAACAGUUCCAAACUUUCGGAUUUGGCUUCGAUGAUCUGACCAGUGAUUACAAAGUAGUGAAGCUUAUCGCUGAUAACGACGAUGUUCUCCACGCUAGUGUCUACUCCUUGAAGACAGACUCGUGGAGAUGGAUACGUGAUUUGACUUAUCAACACAACGAUGGCUUCAAUUCCGGUGUGCAUCUCAAAGGAGCGAUACACUGGGUGCUCACACUUGAAGAUGGUAACCACAACCAGAGACUGGUCUUAGCGUUUGAUCUUAGAACCGAGGAGUUUAGAGAGAUGCCAUUGCCUGAUGGAGCUGAGGAUUGUCUUCAUAGGUUCAAGAACUUUGUGGUCGGUAAUCUCAAUGGGCGUCUCUGUGUUGUCAAUAGCUGCUACGAGGUGCACGAUGACAUAUGGGUGAUGAAUGAAUACGGGGAAGCAAGUUCAUGGAGAAGAAUCCGGAUCAGCUUGUUGUAUAGGUCGAUGAAACCGCUGUGUUCGACUAAGAACAGUGAGGAGGUGCUUCUUGAGCUUGAUGGAGACAUGGUGUUGUACAAUUUCGAGACCGAUGCAUCGAGGAACCUGGGAAUUCGCGGGGUUAAGCUCAGUGACGGUUUCGAGGCCAAUACUUACGUUGAGAGCCUCAUUUCACCAAACACUUAUGGUUUAGUAUAGAGAGCUGAAGAACAGAGCGUUUGGUUAUUAUUAGUUAGCGUAAUUUUACACGUUAGAUAAAUGAAAGAAAGUGCCUUUCUUUGUGAUCUUAAUGAACAGAACCACCCAAAAACUAAAGCAAUGUUUGUGCUUGAAAGUUAAAAUGAUUAGCGAGAAUGGAAAAUAACUUGAUGAUAAUAUUACAUUACAU